AUGGCAUUGGGUCUAGGCCAAAUUGAUAUAGAAGGCCAUCGUGUUGGUAUGAUGAUAAGUGGUCGCACCCUCCCUUGCUUCCAGCCCUAUGAUACCCGACCUCGUGCCGGCGGUUAUUGUUUCUAUCGCUUCCUAACCUCAAUGCCUCCUGCAGAACUCUUUUUCCACUCCAUGGCUGGUCGUGAUGGUCUUAUUGAUACUGCUUGCAAGACAUCUCGUUCUGGUUACCUUCAAAGAUCCGUUACCAAACAUCUUGAAGUGAGUUCUUUUGUAAUAUUGUUGAUAGUAUCUCGCGAACCUACUAUCUUCCAGAACGAUAAUAGAAUACGACAGCCUUUCCAUAAAUCAGAAGAGUUGGGUCGAAAUACAAAUAUAUUCGAUGAUUGCUGA